GCUGCCGGCUAUCUCAGCCUGUCAGCUGUGCUUCCUUUCUCCCUAUAUAUUACCAUCAGCUGUGGAUUGAAGACUUUCACACAUAUAACCAACUGAGAGAUUGUCUUUGCUUUUGGACUAAGGAUUCCUUGUGUUUUGUUUCCUUGCCUUCUCUGCUUUGUAGUAUAAAUGUGUGGCAAUGGCUGGGGCACAGCCAGGGGUUCAUGCUUUGCAGCUCAAACGUGUUUGUGUCCCUGAAAACCUGAAGAAGGGCAUCAAGUGCAUCAAAUGGGAUGAUGAUUCCACACUUGUGUAUCCAGUUAUUCUUAAAAUGGAUCCAAAUGGAUUUUUCCUCUACUGGACAGAUCAAAACAAGGAGACUGAGCUAUUGGAUAUAAUUCUUGUGAAGGAUGCCAGGUGUGGGAAAUAUGCAAGAACGCCAAAGGAUCCUAAAUUACGCGAACAGUUGGAAGUUGGAAACUUCGGAGGACGACUGGAAUAUCGUAUGUUUACCGUUGUUUAUGGGCCAGACCUUGUAAACAUAUCGUACUUGAACUUAGUGGCAUAUCAAGAAGAAAUUGCAAAGGAUUGGACAGAUGAGAUUUUCAACCUGGCAACAAACUUGCUGGCGCACAACAUGUCCAGAGAUGCGUUUCUGGAAAAAGCAUAUACCAAGUUUAAACUUCAAGUUAAUCAAGAAGGAAAAAUUCCUGUUAAGAACAUAUACCGCCUAUUUUCUGCUGAUAGGAAACGAGUGGAAACUGCAUUAGAGGCUUGUAGUCUUCCAUCUGGCAGAAGUGAUUCAAUUCCUCAGGAUGACUUCACUCCAGAAUUAUACAGAGUCUUCUUAAACAAUCUGUGUCCACGCCCUGAAAUCGACAACAUUUUUGCAGAGUAUGGUUCAAAAAGUAAACCGUACCUCACUGUUGACCAGAUGACAGAAUUCAUUAAUAUCAAACAACGAGAUCCUCGAUUAAAUGAAAUUCUUUACCCACCGCUAAAGCAAGAACAAGUCCAACAACUACUUGAAAAAUAUGAGCCUAACAACAGUUUAGCAAAGAGAGGUCAGAUAUCCGUAGAAGGAUUUAUGAGGUAUCUGGGUAGUGAAGAAAAUGGUGUUGUACCUCCUGAAAAACUGGACCUGAAUGAAGAUAUGUCUCAGCCUCUGUCUCAUUAUUUCAUCAAUUCUUCACACAAUACCUACCUCACAGCUGGACAACUGGCUGGUAACUCAUCAGUGGAGAUGUAUCGUCAAGUACUCUUGGCAGGUUGCCGUUGUGUGGAACUGGAUUGCUGGAAGGGAAGAACAGCUGAAGAAGAACCAGUUAUUACACAUGGAUUUACAAUGACUACUGAAAUAUCCUUUAAGGAAGUUAUAGAAGCUAUUGCGGAAUGUGCGUUUAAGACAUCACCCUUCCCGAUACUUCUGUCCUUUGAAAAUCACGUGGAUUCUCCAAAGCAACAGGCAAAGAUGGCUGAGUAUUGCAAGCAAAUAUUUGGAGAUGGACUUCUGACGGAACAUUUAGAAAAAUAUCCGCUUGAGCCUGGUGUUCCUCUUCCAAGUCCUGUGGAUUUAAAGUAUAAAAUUCUCAUAAAAAAUAAAAAAAAAUCUCAUAAGUCUUCAGAUGGAAGUGGAAAAAAGAAGCUAGCAGAGCAAGCAUCCAAUGCGUGCAGUGACACCUCCGGCUCAUUUGAACCAUCAUCCCCUGGAGCGGGUGAAGCAGAUAUCGAGAGUGAGGAUGACGAUGAUGAUGAUGACGAUGACUGUAAGAAAUCUUCAAUGGACGAGGGGACAGCUGGAAAUGAAGCAAGUGCUACUGAAGAGAUGUCCAACCUGGUUAACUACAUCCAGCCUGUGAAGUUUGAGACUUUUGAGAUAUCUGCCAAACGAAACAAGAGUUACGAAAUGUCUUCAUUUGUGGAAACGAAAGGGCUUGAGCAACUAACUAAGUCUCCAGUGGAAUUUGUGGAAUAUAAUAAAAUGCAACUUAGUCGUAUCUAUCCAAAAGGAACACGUGUAGACUCAUCAAAUUAUAUGCCUCAGGUCUUUUGGAAUGCUGGUUGUCAGAUGGUGGCUCUAAACUUCCAAACAAUAGAUUUUUCCAUGCAACUGAACAUGGGGAUGUAUGAAUAUAAUGGAAAAUGUGGUUACAGACUCAAGCCUGAAUUCAUGAGGCGUCCUGACAAACAUUUUGAUCCAUUUACUGAAACAACUGUAGAUGGAAUUGUGGCAAACACAGUUUCAGUAAAGAUCAUUUCAGGGCAGUUCCUCUCAGACAAGAAAGUUGGGACAUAUGUAGAAGUGGACAUGUUUGGUUUACCUGUUGACACAAGACGAAAAGCUUUCAAAACGAAGACUUCCCAAGGCAAUGCUGUUAACCCAGUGUGGGAGGAGGAACCAAUCGUUUUUAAAAAGGUGGUGCUGCCGUCUCUAGCAUGUCUCCGCAUAGCUGCGUAUGAAGAAGGUGGCAAAUUCAUAGGGCAUCGGUUAUUACCUGUUUCAGCCAUUAGACCAGGUUAUCACUACAUUUGCUUGAGAAAUGAAAAAAAUGUGCCUCUAACGUUGCCAGCAAUUUUUGUUUACAUUGAAGUAAAAGAUUAUGUUCCUGAUACGUUUGCAGAUGUGAUUGAAGCUUUAUCUAAUCCAAUCAAAUAUGUAAACUUGAUGGAACAGAGAUCUAGGCAGUUGGCCGCUCUUACCCUUGAGGAUGAAGAAGAACUAAAGAAAGAGAUAGAAGCUGGGGAAGCCCCAUUAGAAGCUAACAGUGAGCCAAGACCAGCACCAUCAGAGAAUGGACUGAAUCAUCCUUCCACUUUAACACCAAAAUCCUCAUCUCAUAAUGUUCAGUCUCAACCAGUCCCAGGUUCUGUGAAAGUUCCUGCCAAAACGGAAGAUCUCAUAUUGAGUGUCUUAACAGAAGUAGAAGCUCAAACUAUUGAUGAACUCAAACAACAAAAGUCUUUUGUUAAACUGCAAAAGAAACAUUACAAAGAAAUGAAGGAUUUAGUAAAAAGACAUCACAAGAAAACCACAGAUCUUAUCAAGGAGCACACUACAAAGUACAAUGAAAUUCAAAAUGAUUACUUAAGGAGAAGAGCAAUUCUUGAAAAGACAGCAAAAAAAGAUAGCAAAAAAAAAUGUGAUACAAGUAGUCCAGAUCAUAACUCUUCAGUGAUUGAACAAGAUUUAAAUGCGUUAGAUGCAGAAAUGGCUCAGAAAUUAAUAGAACUGAAAGACCAGCAACAGCAGCAGCUACUGAAUCUACGACAGGAACAGUACUACAGUGAAAAGUAUCAGAAGAGAGAGCAUAUUAAACAGCUAAUCCAGAAACUCACUGAUGUUGCUGAGGAGUGUCAGAACAACCAGCUGAAAAAACUAAAAGAAACCUGUGAAAAGGAAAAGAAAGAGUUAAAGAAGAAAAUGGAUAAGAAACGUCAAGAAAAGAUUACAGAAACCAAGUCAAAAGAUAAAAGUCAGAUGGAAGAGGAGAAGACAGAGAUGAUUCGAUCAUAUAUACAGGAAGUUGUGCAGUACAUUAAAAGGUUAGAAGAUGCACAGAGUAAGAGGCAAGAAAAACUGGUAGAAAAACAUAAAGAGAUUCGUCAACAAAUAUUGGAUGAAAAGCCUAAGUUGCAGGUCGAACUUGAUCAGGAAUAUCAAGACAAAUUCAAACGACUCCCCAUGGAAAUUCAAGAGUUUGUCCAAGAGGCAAUGAAGGGAAAAUUCAGCGAUGAUGGAGAGCAUAGUUCAGCUUCCUGCAUCCUUACGCCUGAUAGUGGAAAAUCUCCUGUUUCAGAGAAUCACAAAAGUCAGGAGCAUGAAGAUGAAGUAGAAGAGGAAAUGCCACAAAAAGCGUUUGACACUUCUCUUUAAUGGGAAGGGAGGCAAAAGCCUGCCGUGUUUAUUUUGUAUUAUCAGGGGCAUGCCGGUUACACCUAUUGUCUGCAUUGUAUAGCCCCUGGCUAGCUUUUAUUGCAAGAUGUUUACUGUGCCAUGUGAGCGCACAUAAGGAGAAGUUUUAUGUCACAUACAAAAGUAAAAAAACUCUCUAUAUUAGUAUUCACUUAUGUUAGUCUUGGUGCAAAUUUGUGCAGCAGAUAAGAUGCACUUUGCGAAAAGCAUCAAAAGGUAUGUCUUGACAAAAGUGUUAAGGUAGAAACGUCACAGGAAUGGUUAGUGAAGACUAACAGAUGGUUGCCGAGCACACAUUUUGCUUCGAAGAACAAGUGCAUUGACCUCUAACCUAUAAUGUAUGUUGCGUAAAAGAAUAAUUGGCCAGAACGGUUUUGUGACCUAACUGCACCUAAACAGUUGUAGGAUUGUUUUAUGUUUGCACUGAAAUAUUAAACCUUUUGCUUUGCAAGCACUGGCUGCUUGCUGUUUUUGAUAUUAUACAGUAUGUACCUGUAAUAUAACUGCUGCUGCAAUUGCAGUUACUGGACAGUUUUUGAAGAGUUAGUGUAAUUAUAGUCAGAGUGAGUAUCUGUCAAAAUACAUACCAGUGGGAGGAAUUAUAAGUACAAAUGUUGGGGUGUAAAAAAGAUAUGCUGGUAUUGAUUUAGGGUUGGCUAUAGCAAGGACAGAGAGGACAGUACAAAUAAAACAUUCUAACCAUUGUUAUUUUUUUUUAGAACAAUAAUAAAUUAUUGUUUAUUAAAAAAAAACUACCAUUUUUUUUCUGUGGCAUUAGUGUUGUACUGUAUAAUGAAGUAGUCUUCGGAUAUAAAUUUCAGAAUUAUAUAUAAUAUAUAUAUAUAUUUUGCAGGAUCAAAAAUAUUGUUUUUAACUAUUUUUUUGUUUAAUUUCCUAAAAAUUGUAAAGGAAGUGGGAAAGAAAUUUGGAGGGAUAAAAAAAAUAUAUUAAAAUCUGGUGUUAUAUUUGGUUAUAUUUUAUUUUGCACCUGCUGAAAAAUAAAUAUAUAACUCUUGUAUUAUUGUUAAAUUAAUACUGAUUGCCUGUUUUCAUCAAUAUAAUAUAGACUAUAAACAUUCUUAAUUUUAAUAACAAGAUAGCAUCGUUACUAAACAUUUUAACAUAACUUAAGUUAUCUAACAAUUGCUACAAAAUAAAAUAAAUUGAAAAAACUAUCUAGAAAAAAAAAAUUAAAUGUGUAUCUUUAACUUAAAUUACAUUUUAAUAUAUUUAAAUUGAACCAUGGUUUUUCACCAUACUGAUCAUUUAUUUACAGUAUUUAUAUAUUUUGAAAGUAUAAUAAGCUCAAAUUAAAUUGUCUACAUAACA